GCAGAGAUUCAUUCUGAGCAUCAAUCAUGAGGCAGUUAUUUAGGUAGCUUAUUGGCAUUCUCCUAAGACUUAGAAACACCUGGAAGAUAAUGGUUGCACAUCUGUUAUGCAGCAGAAGUCCUAGAUGCUUAAGUAGCUUAGCUGAUAAGGCAGAUCUUGCUGAAUCACUUAAUAACAGGAAAAAAUUUCUGCUCAUUUAUGUGCUGUACAACCACCAGGCUUUUAAGAGGCUCCUGGCCUGAGAUACUAUCUCCUUCCCAUUUAAAAAUACCCCAAAACCAUUGCAGUGUUUUCAGAGAUUCCUGUUUAUGGAGAUGUUGGGGUCUAUUUUGUGGCUGGCUGCUCUGAUUACACCCUUUCAACAACUUGUGUCGUUGAAAUUAAUAAUAUCUUUUGUUACUGAAACUCUUAACACUGGCCACAACUGUGACGGAAAAGGAACGCAUUAGAAAGAUAUUACUGUGUUAUAACAGAAGAUGCAGCCUGAAUUGAUGUUAUGGUAGUUCAAAAUAGCAAAAAUAGAAAGCCACAAUGGUUCUGAUAUGUUGGUUAUCAGGCAAAUCAAUAAUGUGUCUUCUUUCUGCCUCUGAUAAAUAUUUUGAAUUGUAGUAAAUGGCAAGAAAGUUGCACGUAUAUUGGCAGUUGCCUCACCUGCCAGGGUGAAAGAAUAAGCCUAUGCCAUAAAAUAGCGUACUAGCAGGUAGGGACAUGUUUGGUCUAAAGUGUGGCGCUACUCAUCCCCAAUCCUGUAGGAUUACUCAUUAGCGCAUUUUCUGAGUGUGGAAACUGGUGAUGGAGUCCAUCAAUAUCCAGGUUGCACUUCAUUUGGAAACAUUAAACUCCAGCUUUUCAGCAUUUGUGCAGGCUAAAGGAGUCUACAAUAAUGCUAUUUAGUAUCGUGGCCUCUAAAACUUUUUGAAGCAAAUACCAUCUUCCAUUCUGUCUUCCAAACGCACACAGCAUUCAUAACUGAAUGUGAUCCCACCUUGUCUGGUUUCCCAAGUCAUGGCAGAAGAGGAUAGAUAGUGAUGCUCCUGAGAUUUAUUGAUGAUCCUUCUAUCAGUGGAGAGAAAGUUCCUGUCCAAACCUGAACAUGCUUGGUCUCCCCAGACACCUCUUUGGUGCCGUUCGUCUUGUUAAUGUUUCUCUGGUGUUCAAGAACUGCCAUGUGGUCCAUGGCUCGCGGAAAGGGAACUAACAUUCCUCCUCGGAGCCAGCAAAUACGUUAAGCACUUAUAAGGUGCUACAGCACAGUUUGGAAAAUCAGUGUUCUGAUUUUAACCUGCAUACAAGGUCCAUUUAACCCCACUCAAAAUCUACUUUUUCUUUCAGGCUUCGUGAAAGAAAGCACCGUGCCACAGGUUCGGUUCACAUCACCCCAACGCAAGGAAGGGAAGGAUGGAUUAGAGAGCACAAAAAUGUGGGCUAUAUAAGGGAACAAAUUGAUACUGAUGCAGACUUUAAUAUGGACUUUUGUAUGGAAUGAAGAAAUCAUUGAAUCAGGAUGCCUUUGUAGCAUUCCAUGUUGACAAGCUGCUCGUGAGCAAGUACUUGAAGUCACUGCAGAUUGGGGAGCUGGCACCAGAGGAACCCAGUGUUGAGCCCGCUAAGAACAAAAUGCUGGUGGAAGACUUCCGUGAAUUGCGUGCCACUGUUGAGAAGAUGGGACUUCUGAAGCCAAACCGACUCUUCUUCUUCCUGCACCUCACUCACAUCCUCCUGCUGGAUGCUGCUGCUUGGCUCAUUCUCUUCUACUUUGGGACAUCGUUAAUACCCUUUAUUGUCUCUCUGGCGGCACUGACCAUUUCGCAGGUCCAGGCUUCUUGGUUACAGCAUGAUUUAGGUCAUCUUUCAGUCUUCAGGAAGACCAAGUGGAACCACUUGCUGCAUAAGUUUGUGAUGUGCCAUUUGAUUGGGGCCUCAGCCAAAUGGUGGACUCUUCUGCACUCCCAGCAUCAUGCCAAGCCCAACUGCUUCCAGAAAGAUCCUGACAUUGAUAUGCACCCUUUCUUGUUUACUUUGGGGAAAAAAUGCUCUGUGGAGCUUGGGAUCAAAAAGAAAAAAUACAUGCCAUACAAUCAUCAGCACAAAUACUUCUUCAUCACUCUUCCUCCGCUCCUGUUUCCUACCUACUUCCACUGUCACACAUUUUAUAUUGCAUACACAAAAAGAUACUGGGCGGACCUGGCCUGGAUGCUGACCUUCUAUAUCAGAUUCUUUUUUACUUAUGGAUCAUUAUUAGGAAUAAAGAGUCUCCUAGCAUAUUAUUUUAUAUUCAGGAUGCUGGAGAGCAGCUGGUUUGUCUGGGUUUCACAAAUGAACCAUAUCCCAAUGGAUAUAUAUUAUGAUAAGAAUUUGGACUGGGUGUCUACCCAGCUCCAGGCAACAUGUAAUGUUGAGCAAUCCCUGUUCAAUGACUGGUUCACUGGGCAUCUGAACUUCCAGAUUGAACAUCACCUGUUCCCCACGAUGCCAAGACACAACUACUGGAAGGUGGCUCCUCUGGUGAAGUCCUUGUGUGCCAAACAUGGCAUUGAGUACCAAUGUAAGCCACUGCUCACCGCCUUUGCAGACAUUGUGCACUCUCUGAAGAAUUCAGGACAGCUCUGGCUUGAUGCCUACCUACACAAAUAAGAAGGUAAGGCUUAUGAAGAGGAUGGUACCAUUUGCAGCCUGCCAUGCCUUUGCAUCCCAAGCAAGCUGAGGAAGAGAGACCAUGAGGGACUCUGGCAGAAAAAAAAAAGGAUAAGAACUGGAAGAGGUGACUCCAAGAGAUGUGAAGUUAUCAGAAUUGUCUGAUCUGUUAAGAUCUGUUAAGUCCAUAUAGGUCUAGCAGGAGCUGAAUGGUUAGAACAGGGAGAAACAAUCUCCUUUGGUUAAUUGUG